AUGAUGCGAGCCGGUGCGGCCUGCGGUGGUGAUUAUGCGGUGUUUGAGAUCGCCAGAGAGGCUCUAAUCGCGAACCGCAUCAUCGAUGGUCUGCCUGACAAGAACACACCCGAUGGGCUGAAGAAACAAGAAUGCAUUGAGAAACGAGAAGAAUUGCUUUACCGCCUGCUUUACAGUUUCGGGCCAUACGAUGAGGUGAAUUUUUGG